AUUAGGCCAGACAGGUGGUGACAAGCUAAGCGAUAGCGGCAGGCUAAUAGAUACUGCAAAGGAACGCAAGACCAAAAAUGCAGACGCUUUCAGCCCACCGCGUUGCGCUAGGCCAAUGCAGGUGGCUGCGCCUCGCCGCGCUCCCCUUCACAUCAUGAACCUCCGUAUCAACAACGUGGAGAUUCCUAACAGCAAACGUAUUGAGGUCUCCCUUCAAUACAUUUAUGGGAUCGGCCAGACUACGGCUCAGACUAUCCUGCGCGACACGGGCGUUGAGAACAAGAAGACCUAUGAGCUGAACGAGGAGGAGGUCAAUAAGCUGCGCCAGGAGGUGGACAAGUAUACCACUGAGGCGGAUCUGCGCCGUAUUGUGUCUCAAAACAUUAAGCGGUUGAAGGACAUUGGCUGCUAUCGGGGCCGUCGCCAUAUCAUGGGCCUGCCAGUUCGCGGCCAGCGGACAAAGACUAAUGCCCGCACGCGCAAGGGCAAGGCCAAGACUGUGGCCAACAAGAAGAAGGCUACCAAGUAAAUGCCGACGGGCUGUUUGAGACAUGGGCGUGUUUCGUCACGGUUUAGGGAAAUGUGGUCCCACAUGCAAAUCGUGCAACAUUGUACCUGGCUGAAAUGGGCGAAGGAUUGGAGAAAAAGCCGAAAGAUUGGAGCGGCCAGUUUUUCAUUGAUAAUGGGGAUAUUUUGCUGGCGACGUGAUUUACUGGACAACAGGGAGAAACUGUAACGACUGUGUGACUGUG